GAAGAAUGGGACCUGUCAAGCCAUAAAAGUGAGAAAUUUUGCCGACCCUUUUGCCUCUCAAUUCCCUUGAUGUGUGUUUUUAUUUGCUAGAAUAAGCUUCCCUUGUUUUUGUGUGCACUGUGCAGUUUAGCAAUCUCAGAUUGGUUAUUUUUGCUGUUGAUGUUCUUUACUAAUGCAUGUGAUUGGGAUUUUAUUAGAAAACUAAAUAUGAUACAUAUAUAGUAGGCUAAAUUAUGUAAUUAUCCACAAGUAUAUGGGUUGAUUUCAUGUGGGGUUAUUUUAGAAAAAGGGUUUACAUAGUUUAUAAUUAUGUUUCAUGAUUUCAGAAUGUGAUUUUCAGAGAAAGAGCUUUUUGGAUAGGUGUUAGCAGAUGGCAUGAGUUUUGCGUUUCUGGGUUAGAUUUUCUAUUGGUAGAUAAAGUUGGAAUUUUUAUGUAUGCAAGGUAUCUGAUAAAAAGCAGCAAUGAGUCAAUUUUUAUGAUCUUGGUUCUAGAGCUAGAGCUUGGAAUUGAGACUAGCCAUUAUCUCUCUCUGUAAGCUUGUUUCUCCCUUUCUUGGCUUCUUGUUUUGCAGUUCUGGAGAGUGAUUUUCAAGUUAUUUAUGGUAACUUUGUUGGUUUGUACCUAUGCUUUUUGAUAUUUCUAUUGUUUCAGUAUUUUAAGCAGCUGUGAUGUGAUUAGAGUGAAAAGAUGAAAUCUUUGAGUAGUGUAGGACUUGGUUUGAGUAUAGUUUUUGGGUGCCUUUUAUUAGCUCUUAUAGCUGAGCUUUACUAUUUGUUAUGGUGGAAGAGAAGAUUCACCAAUAGAGAGAUUGGAGAUGACUAUAGCAGCCCAGCAAGAGAGCUUUUUUAUAUGUUUUGUCUAAAAAAGCCAUCUUCUUUAAGGAAUUCUCAAGAACUAUGUUCUUCACUUAGAAUUACAGAUGCUCUUGUUCAUCAUGAACUAGAUUCUCAGCUUAAUAGCAAGGAUUUAUUGCUUAAGCCUUUUGGUGAUGAUCCUUUGGAGGCAGAACUCAUGAGGUUGAAUAGUCUUUCCGGUCCACCAAGAUUUCUCUUUACAAUAAUUGAAGAAACAAAGGAGGACCUGGAGUCUGAAGAUGGUAAUAAGUCUAGGGGUGACAACAGAAGUACAAAAGGGUCAAGAAGUAGAAGCUUAAGUGAUUUGCUUAUAAAUAUAGAAACUCCAUUUUUAACUCCUCUUGCUUCUCCACCAUUUUUUACACCUCCUCUUACUCCUAUGGAUACUAACUACAGUCAAACCAGAUUCAACCAUCUUUUUGAAUCGGCAACAGAUGCAGAGUUUAAUAAGUUAAGGUCAUCUCCACCUCCAAAAUUCAAGUUCUUGCAAGAUGCAGAGGAGAAAUUAUACAGAAAAAAACUAAUGGAAGAAACAGAGAAACAAGUCCAAAAGAAUGAUGGGUUUGGUCAAGAUUAUACACAAAAAGCUGCUACUUCAAAGUUUUCGAAAGAUGAUGAAGAUGGGUCUUUUAUAACCAUUAUUGUUGAUAAGAACAAAGAAAGAGAGCUUAGUCAUACACCUCAACAGUACCAUUCAAGCACUUCACAAGUACUACCUCUUGCAUCUUCACCUUCGAGAUUCACAUCAGCAGCCAAGAAAAGUCCUGCCUUUCAUUAGUGCUUGCGUUUCAUGAUCAAUUAAAAUGUUCUUUCUUUUGUUUUGAACUUUUAAUUAUCUUAGAUAUUAGUUAUCUUAGCCUCUUAGGAUUUUCUUUUUUUUAUUUUAAAUAUUUCUUGGAGUGUUUGAGGAUAGUGUUAAAAGGUUAAUUAUAAUUAAUCUUGCAAAACCCUUUCUGUAAUGUUAUGUGAAAACUUUUUCAAGUAGAGGGGGAGACAACAUUCUCUGCAGGAUAAUGUUAAAAGGUGGCCAAGUGCAAGUGGUGGACUUGUGGGGUUACUUGUGUUAUUCAAACUACAUGUCUCCCUGAGCUGUCUUAAGUCUUAUACAUGUAAUCAUUCUGUGACUGAUGGUACUACUGCUGUUUUAGUCCACACAAGCACUGUAAUUCUAAAAAAAAAGAAAAACAAAAAAAAAAAAA